AAGAGAUCUGAUCAGACGUAUAAAAAGGAACUCAUUACCUCUCACCAUUCAAUUCAAACACACUUCAUCUUUCAUUAACACUCAUUCACUCGUCCUCACUCUCGCUCUCACUCUCACCUUCAGUCUUGUCCUGUUCUUCUCCGGAAUCGAUUGCCUCCAACAUCAUCACAUAUACACAUAAAAAUAUAUACACUAUGACUGAGAAAGUAGCACUCAUCGGAUCUGGCAACUGGGGCUCUGCUGUCGCCAAAAUCAUUGGUCGUAAUGUUGUGCGAUUUGAUCACUUUGACAAUCAGGUCAAAAUGUGGGUCUUUGAAGAAAAAGUCAAUGGCCAGAACCUCACUGAAAUCAUCAACACCAAGCAUGAGAACGUCAAAUAUCUCCCUGGAAUUCAAUUGCCGGAAAAUAUUGUCGCUUGCCCUGAUUUGGUCGAGACUUGCCGCGAUGCUUCAAUGCUUGUUUUCGUUGUUCCUCAUCAGUUCGUUGCCAGCAUUUGCAAGCAGCUUAAAGGCAAGAUUCAACCAAACUGCAAAGCCAUCUCAUUAAUCAAGGGUAUUGAUGUCAACGAACAUGGAUUCCGAUUGAUCACAGACAUGAUUCAGGAGUCAUUGAACAUUCGUUCCUGCAUCCUCAGCGGAGCUAACAUUGCAAGCGAAGUUGCAGAGGAGCGCUUCUGUGAGACUACAAUCGGAUACAGAAACAGGUCCGACGGUGAAUUGUUCAAGGAGAUUUUCCAUACCCCUUCCUUCCGUGUCAACAUUGUUGAAGAUGUUGUCGGUGUUGAAUUGUGUGGUGCUCUCAAGAACAUCGUUGCAAUCGGUGGAGGAUUGGUCGAUGGCCUGAAGCUUGGUGAUAACACCAAGGCUGCGAUUAUCCGUAUCGGCCUGUAUGAAAUGCGCAAGUUCUCGCAAAUGUUUUACAAGGAUGUUAGGGACGAGACCUUCUUUGAAUCCUGCGGUGUUGCAGACUUGAUCACUACCUGUGCAGGAGGCCGUAACCGUAAAGUUGCUGAGGCUCAUGUCGUGACUGGCAAGUCAUUUGAUCAGUUGGAACAAGAGAUGUUGAACGGUCAAAAGCUCCAGGGAACUUCAACCGCCAAGGACAUGUACAACAUCUUGUCAAAGAAUAAUCUAUGCCAUGAAUUCCCUCUUAUGACCACAAUCUACAGGAUCUGUUAUGAGAACUUGCCUCCCAUUAGGAUUGUAGAGGACAUUUAAAAAACAAACCAAAAUUACAUUUUUUCCUUUUUCGCAAGAUAUUUUAGAUUCACUAAUUGCAAUAAAACAUUUUUACCCUA